AUGCCUAAUGUCGAUCCAAAAUUCUUACAAAUUUACUUUAUGGGCGAUGAGGAGCAACAAACUCAUACACGAUGCGUAUACAACCAUAUAGAGCAGAUGGAGGAACGAGAAAUUGUCGACAAUUUGGAAACGUGCUUGCAAAAUCAUAACCAAUUUAUACGAUUGUUCAAGACUCUUUCCAGCAGACUGCAAAACGACAACUACGCCAUUGUUAUUAAAGCAGACAAAGUGCCCUAUGGAGAGCACGCAGGCACAUAUAAUGUUCCAACUGUUAAUGAAGUUGCAAUUGUUAUGGCUGGUAACCCAUGUGAAUGUCGAGAUAUUCGCAUACAACUCAGAGAUAAUACAAUACAAAUAAUUCAAGACAAUCAUCGUUCUUACGACACACUGCAAUAUCCGUUGAUAUUUUGGGAAGGAGAAGAUGGCUAUCAUUUAAAUAUUAAACAAAGGAAUCCAACAACAGGUGAAGAACUAAUCAAGAAAGUUAGUGCAAUGAACUUCUACGCAUACCGGUUGAUGAUUCGUGAAAAUGAAGAUAACAUUCUCCGAUGCAGACAGCUAUUUCAUCAGUACAUUGUUGAUAUGUAUGUAAAAAUCGAAAGUGAGAGAUUGCGUUAUAUAAAAUUUAAUCAAGCGAAACUUCGUUCUGAAGAGUACAUUCAUUUGCGUGACGCCAUAAUCGGUAUUGUAGAUGCAACGAAUGAUAUCAACAACAUCGGUACCGCAUAUAUUCUUCCAUCAUCAUACGUUGGUAGUCCGCGUCAUAUGCAAGAAUAUAUUCAAGACGCCAUGACUUACGUACGCGCAUGCGGCCGACCAGAUCUUUUUAUCACAUUUACGUGUAAUCCAAACUGGGAUGAAAUUAAAAAUUUGCUGUUAUCAGGUCAAACAUCGAUGCAUCGUUAUGAUAUCAUUGCACGUGUGUUCAAACAAAAAUUGAAAUCCCUGAUGAAAUUGAUUACACAUCACUCGGUAUUUGGUGAAACACAAUGUUGGCUUUAUUCUGUUGAAUGGCAAAAACGAGGUUUACCUCAUACGCAUAUUUUGAUUUGGUUGGUGGACAAAGUACGCUCAGAAGAAAUUGACAAAAUUAUUUCAACGGAAAUUCCAAAUCCGAAUGUUGAUCAAGAAUUGUUUGACAUUGUGACUACUAAUAUGAUCCAUGGUCCAUGUGGUUCUCUCAACAUGAUGUCACCAUGUAUGGAUAAUGGAAAAUGUACGAAACGUUUUCCUAAACCAUGUCAAACUGACACUAUCACCAAUAUCGAUGGUUAUCCAUCUUACCGUCGUAGAGAUGUAGACAAUGGCGGUCAAUCAUAUGAAUUGCGUCUAUCAAACGGUGUAAGAGUUGACAUCGAUAAUCGCUGGGUGGUUCCAUACUCACCAUUGCUGUGCAAAACCUAUAAAGCACACAUAAACGUUGAGUUAUGCAGUUCGGUGAAGUCUAUCAAGUACAUUUGUAAGUACGUUCAUAAGGGCAGUGAUAAAGCUAUAUUUGCUGUUCAAAAUGUAAAUAAGAAUGACGAAAUAACACAUUAUCAAAUGGGACGAUACAUAAGUAGUAAUGAAGCUAUUUGGCGAAUUUUUACAUUUCCUAUACAUGAAAGGGAUCCUGCUGUUGUACAUUUGGCUGUGCAUCUUGAAAAUGGACAGCGUGUUUAUUUCACAGAACAGAAUGCACUACAACAAGCUUUAACAGCUCCAAAAACAACUCUUACUGAAUUUUUCAACCUUUGUAAUCGACAAGAUAUUGUUGGUGAAUUUGCAAAGACAUUAAUGUAUACUGAUGUUCCUAAAUUUUUUACAUGGAAUAAACAAUCAAAAAGUUGGGAACCACGGAAACGAGGCACUCCAGUCCCAGGAUUUGCCGACAUAGUUAUGACAAAUACUUUAGGACGAUUAUAUACAGUUCAUCCUAAGCAACGCGAAUGCUUUUUUCUGCGUUUGUUAUUGGUUAACGUUCCUGGACCGACAUCCUUCCAAUACUUGCGAAAAGUCAACGGUACUUUAUACGGCACUUUCUUUGAUGCGUGUCGUGAGUUACAUUUAUUGGAGGAUGAUAACCAUUGGGACCUCACACUUGCAGAUGCAGCACUGAGCUCAUCUCCACAGCAAAUUCGUCAAUUAUUUUCAAUAAUAUUGACAACGUGUUUUCCGUCUGAAGCAUCUGCUCUGUGGAAUAAAUAUAAAGACUCAAUGAGUGAGGAUAUUUUGCAUCGGAUUAGAAUUACUAAUCAAAAUCUCAGUAUUGAAUUCUCCGCAGAAAUAUAUAACGAGGCAUUAAUAAUGAUUGAGGAUAUUUGUAUUCUUAUUUCGAACAUGCCGCUCAUAAAUUUUGGCAUGCCAGCGCCAAUCCGCCAAGCAGCAGAUAUCAUCAACAGCGACGUUCAACGUGAACACCAGUUCGAUAUGACUUCUCUGGCUACUUUUGUUGCUAACAAUGAACGAUUGCUUACUGCUGAGCAACGAAAUAUAUAUGAUCAAAUUAACGUGUCAAUUGCAGCACAACAAGGUGGAUUUUUUUUCUGGACGCACCAGGUGGCACUGGUAAAACAUUCCUCAUCUCACUGA